AUGGCCACGAUCGUCAAGGAACUAUGGGGAGCCCACCCAACCUUCAUCCGCCAGCUGACUCGCAAGUCCAUCUUUGAUCUGGCCCGCAGCGCUCCAAACGGAGGGGCUGGGCUUCGGAUCGCGUCGACGGAGCACUAUCGAAAGGGCAUGCAUGACUCCUUCUACACCAUCACCACCGUCAAGGAUCAAGAUGCGUACGGUGUUCUGACGUGGAAAGGCAAGCAGGGACCUGCACCCGUCCGAAUUCCCAAGGCCGAUGCCGGCAAGUGGCAUCUGUACGAGCCGCCACAUGAGCUCAAGACCAUCGAGGAGAAGCUGCGGAUCCUUCCGGACGCCCCGGCCCGUCCCUGA